AUGGAAACUCUUUUAAAGAAAACCAUGAAAUUACAUUGGGUGUUGAUAUAGCCACCAAAAUAUUCAAAUUAUAGGGGAUAAUAAUAAAGGCAAGGAUUUUGGACACUGCUGGAUAAGAAAAUUUUAGAUCCAUUACAAGAUAUUAUUAUAGAAUGUUAAUAAUUUAGUUAAAUAUAGAGCUAUUAGAAUAACGUUAGUAUUUUAUAUGAAGAAUAGUUACUCAUUUGAAAAUAUAAAGAGUUGGUAAUUAGAGAUUAAUUAAUAUGCAAAGGAGAAAAUUAUAUUAAUAUUAAUUGCUAAUAAGUCUGAUCUAAUGCAAAAAAGUAAAACUAUUUCAAUAUUAAGGGAAGUAACUACUGAAGAAUGAUAAUUAUUAGGCAAAUAAAUCGAAAGCUAAUAUAUUGAAACUUCUGCUUUAAAUGGUAAAAAAAUCGAAGAAUCCUUACAGUUAUUAUCGUAAUCAAUAUUGAAAUUGAUUCAAGAAAAUCAAAUUGAUUUAACUAAUAAAAAUUGUGGUGUUCUACUUCGAAACAAAGCGGAAACUUUAAUUUAGAUAAUUAUUUAAGAUAUUUGUAAAUAUUGA